AUGGCGUUGACUGCGACCGCCCAGUCCGCCCUUCGGGAGCCAGGAUGGGACGAGGUAAUCGUCCCGACUCUUCGGAAACGCCUGCAAACUGAGAGCAAUAUGAUUGCGAAACGGUUAUCUGCAGCCUCCCUCGCCUCCAUUGACGACCACGACGUCUAUCCGUCUAGCAAUUUCGUCUCGCGCCAAGAGCCACAAAUGCAGAACUACUCGAAUCACAAACCAAGCGCCAUUCCUCGUCCUAGUCUUCAGCAAACCAGGACAUCUGAAACGAAUGGCUCUGCGCAUUUCCAGCCCACCCGCACUCGCACGUUAUCAGCACUCGAUUCCCCAAACCCGUCCUCGACAUCAUCUCGACCAACCUCGCCAAUGGUAAAUGGGAAGGCUACGCGUAUUCCAGUGUCACGAGUUCGAGCAGGGAGCACAUCCAGCUACGCGCAAGGUUCUAUUCACGGGAGUAUUGGCCGGACGGAUGAAGCCAGCCACCUCGGACAUUCGCGGAGCAAUGGCGACACCGAUGCCUCAGAGCUCUCGCCCGUCGAUGAGGCUCAUCACGGCUACUCGUCGCGUUCGACAGUUCGCAUUCCCCAUCGCAAGACUUCCGAGCUCUUCAAAGAGACCGCACCUUUUGGUGCCAACUCCAUCACAUCGUCACACACCGACUUCGAGCAAGGUAUGAGCGGUCCAUAUCGCGUCUCCUCAGAAUCUGAAGAGCGGCCGUAUGAGCACUGGUACCGCGGGGAUGUCGCCCGGAAUGGCGGCGUUGGUGAGUUGCGCAUAGGCAGGAGGGAGGAAAUGUUAGACAUUGCAAAUUAUGGGCACACAUUCCAGGUAGCGUCUUCGCGGAUUGCCAUCAGCAGUUACUCGCGUUCCAGGUCCAAUUCUCGAAGCAGAGAUCGUUCAUCAUGGCUUCGGACGAGGCAGAGGGCAGAGAGUGUUGGUGCAACCACGAGGGAGAGCAUCUAUUUGGAUGACGAUGACCCCGGGGAGGACGCUCACAUGGUUCUGAACGAGCAGCCGCUUACUGACCUUGAUGGGGAGAGCGACGAGGAGCCGGAGAUAGACUCUUAUGAGCGAGGGGUGCUACCUCAUCCUAAUGGUACAAUCUCUUCACCGUCCCUCACACUCAACGGAUAUCAGAUUUCGCAAGGUGACGCCGCAAAACAGCGGGCAGGCUCGAGUGUCUCCCGAAUACCGACAGCAGCGUUCCAGCGACAGGCCUCAGCUCCGCCGCGCACACCCACACCAACUAAAGUCGCCCGGGGCGCUUCCGAGACUUCAUCCACACCCUCCACGCCUCGAUCUCCCCAGCGUCUUCCUCGCUCGCAGUCGCAGCCACAAUCACAAGGUCAACGUACAUCCCCGAAUGCGAAACGGAAAGCGAAGAGUCCGGCUGGCACCGGAUCUACAUCGACAGCAAAGAAAGCAAAGACAAAGCCUCCCUCUUCGAUGAAAACAAUUGCAUCUCGCAGCGACCAGAACAGACGAUCCGUUGGACAGUACCCCGCUGCAGAUGGCGAUAACAUGAUGGAUGCAAUUCCAUCUUGGACACAACCUGUGCCGACGUCGGGCAACUGGGACGAUGUAGUCUUACCAGUCGUCGCACGCAAGAAGGGUCUUGAAGGUCAUUAUGCAACAGCAGAUGGCAAUUCACGGACAUUACAGUCGCAGACAAAGAGCGCGGUUUAUGAGCCGGCGCCCGGAACAUUCGGUUAUGACCACUCGAAAUAUCGUCGGAAGGAUGCCAAUGGUGGGGCGGAGGUCAUUCCGAUGGACGAGUUUGGCCAGAAAAUGGAUGCGGUCGGAGAAGAACCACAGCCCGUCACGGAACAACCAAAGCCACUCCUACCGCCUACUGUCGUCGAACGAACCCACUCGCAUACCUCUCCUCCUUCCCCUCCACCAUUCGCGCACUAUGCGCCACCCGAUACAGGACAUCAGAAAGUUGAAUCACCGGCGAUCCAACCAAUCGUUCCGACGCGAAACGAGGGGGCGGACAGACCAGAUGACGAUGGCGGUGCCGGGUGUUGUAGGUGUGUUAUCAUGUGA